CCCCACUGCUACCACCAGCAGCAGUGCCUCUGCUCCCAUGACUACCACCAACACUGCUACCACAAGCACUGAGACGUCCACACCUGUGAGUACAAUAACUAAUUCUCCAAUGAGCACCAGCACCACUGCUCUCACGAGCACCAGUGCCACUGCACCCACAAGCACCAGUGCCACUGCUACCACGACUACCAGCGCCUCUGCUCUCACCAGCACCAGCGCCACUGCUACCACGAGUACCAGCACCACUACUGCUGUGAGCACUAGCGCCACUGCUCCCGUGAGUAACACCAAUAUUGCUACCACAAGCACUGAGACGUCCGGAGCCACGAGUAUAAGCAACACUGCUCCCACCAGCACCAGCGCCACUGCUUCCAUGAGCACCACCGCCACUACUACCACGAGUACCAGCGCCACUGCUCCCACCAGCACCAGUGCCUCUGCUCCCAUGACUACCACCAACACUGCUACCACAAGCACUGAGACGUCCACACCUGUGAGUACAAUAACUACUUCUCCUGUGAGCACCAGCACCACUGCUACCACGAGCACCAGUGCCACUGCACCCACAAGCACCAGCGCCACUGCUACCACGAGUACCAGCACCACUGCUCCCACCAGCACCAGUGCCUCUGCUCCCAUGACUACCACCAACACUGCUACCACAAGCACUGAGACGUCCACACCUGUGAGUACAAUAACUACUUCUCCAAUGAGCACCAGCACCACUGCUCUCACGAGCACCAGUGCCACUGCACCCACAAGCACCAGCGCCACUGCUACCACGACUACCAGCGCCUCGGCUCUCACCAGCACCAGCGCCACUGCUCCCACCAGCACCAGCGCCACUACUCCCAUGAGUAGCAGCACAACUUCUCCCACGAGCACCAGCGCCACUGCUCCCACCAGCACCAGUGCCUCUGCUCCCAUGACUACCACCAACACUGCUACCACAAGCACUGAGACGUCCACACCCGUGAGUACAAUAACUACUUCUCCCGUGAGCACCAGCACCACUGCUACCACGACCACCAGUGCCACUGCACCCACAAGCACCAGUGCCACUGCUACCACGAGUACCAGCACCACUGCUCCCACCAGCACCAGUGCCUCUGCUCCCAUGACUACCACCAACACUGCUACCACAAGCACUGAGAUGUCCACACCUGUGAGUACAAUAACUAAUUCUCCAAUGAGCACCAGCACCACUGCUCUCACGAGCACCAGUGCCACUGCACCCACAAGCACCAGCGCCACUACUCCCUUGAGUAGCAGCACAACUUCUCCCACGAGCACCAGCGCCACUGCUCCCACCAGCACCACUGCUCCCACCAGCACCAGCACCACUACUGCUGUGAGCACUAGCGCCACUGUUCCUGUGAGUACCACAAACACUGCUACCACAAGCACUGAGACGUCCGGACCCACGAGUGUAAGCACCACUGCUCCCACCAGCACCAGCGCCACUGCUCUCACCAGCUCCAGUGCUACUGCUCCCACGAGUACCAGCACCACUUCUCCCAUGAGUACUAGCACCACUACUGUCACCAGCACCACUGCUCCCACCAGCACCAGCGCCACUGCUCCCGUGAGUACCACCAACACUGCUACCACAAGCACUGAGACGUCCGGAGCCACGAGUAUAAGCAACACUGCUCCCACCAGCACCAGCACCACUGCUACCACGAGUAGCAGCACCACUUCUCCCACGAGCACCAACCCCACUGCUUCCACGAGCACCAGCGCCGCUGGUUCCAUGAGUACCACCAACACUGCUACCACAAGCACUGAGACGUCCACACCCGUGAGUACAAUAACUACUUCUCCCGUGAGCACCAGCACCACUGCAACCACGAGCACCAGUGCCACUGCACCAACAAGCACCAGCACCACUGCAACCACGAGUACCAGCACCACUGCUCCCACCAGCACCAGUGCCUCUGCUCCCAUGACUACCACCAACACUGCUACCACAAGCACUGAGACGUCCACACCUGUGAGUACAAUAACUAAUUCUCCAAUGAGCACCAGCACCACUGCUCUCACGAGCACCAGUGCCACUGCACCCACAAGCACAAGCGCCACUGCUACCACGACUACCAGCGCCUCGGCUCUCACCAGCACCAGCGCCACUGCUCCCACCAGCACCAGCGCCACUACUCCCAUGAGUAGCAGCACAACUUCUCCCACGAGCACCAGUGCCACUGCUUCCACGAGCACCAGUGCCUCUGCUCCCAUGAGUACCACCAACACUGCUACCACAACCUCUGAGAUGUCUGGAGCCACGAGUAUAAGCAACACUGCUCCCACCAGCACCAGCGCCACUGCUCCCAUGAGUAGCAGCACAACUUCUCACACGACCACCAGCGCCACUGCUCCCACCAGCACCAGCGCCUCUGCUCCCAUGAGUACCACCAACGCUGCUACCACAAGCACUGAGACGUCCACACCCGUGAGUACAAUAACUACUUCUCCCGUGAGCACCAGCACCACUGCUCUCACGAGAACCAGUGCCACUGCACCCACAAGCACCAGUGCCACUGCUACCACGAGCACCAGCACCACUGCUCCCACCAGCACCAGCACCACUACUGCUGUGAGCACCAGCGCCACUGCUCCCUCCAGCACCAGCGCCACUACUCCCAUGAGUAGCAGCACAACUUCUCCCACGAGCACCAGUGCCACUGCUUCCACGAGCACCAGUGCCUCUGCUCCCAUGAGUACCACCAACACUGCUACCACAACCUCUGAGAUGUCUGGAGCCACGAGUAUAAGCAACACUGCUCCCACCAGCACCAGCGCCACUGCUCCCGUGAGUACCACUAACACUGCUACCACAAGCACUGAGACGUCCGGAGCCACGAGUAUAAGCAACACUGCUCCCACCAGCACCAGUGCCACUACUCCCGUGAGAAGCAGCACCACUGCUCCCAGCAGCACCAGUGCCACUGCUUCCACGAGCACCAGCGCCACUGCUAAAACGACUACCAGUGCCUCUGCUCUCACCAGCACCAGCGCCACUGCUCCCACCAGCACCAGCGCCACUACUCCCAUGAGUAGCAGCACAACUUCUCACACGAGCACCAGCGCCACUGCACCCACAAGCACCAGCGCCACUGCUACCACGAGUACCAGCACCACUGCUCCCACCAGCACCAGUGCCUCUGCUCCCAUGACUACCACCAACACUGCUACCACAAGCACUGAGACGUCCACACCUGUGAGUACAAUAACUACUUCUCCCGUGAGCACCAGCACCACUGCUCUCACGAGCACCAGUGCCACUGCACACACAAGCACCAGCGCCACUGCUACCACGACUACCAGCGCCUCUGCUCUCACCAGCACCAGCGCCACUGCUACCACGAGCACCAGCACCACUGCUCCCACCAGCACCAGCACCACUACUGCUGUGAGCACUAGCGCCACUGCUCCCGUGAGUAACACCAAUACUGCUACCACAAGCACUGAGACGUCCGGAGCCACGAGUAUAAGCAACACUGCUCCCACCAGCACCAGCGCCACUGCUUCCAUGAGCACCAGCGCCACUGCUACCACGAGUACCAGCGCCACUGCUCCAACCAGCACCAGUGCCUCUGCUCCCAUGACUACCACCAACACUGCUACCACAAGCACUGGGACGUCCACACCUGUGAGUACAAUAACUACUUCUUCCGUGAGCACCACCACCACUGCUACCACGAGCACCAGUGCCACUUCACCCACAAGCACCAGCGCCACUGCUACCACGAGUGUAAGCACCACUGCUCCCACCAGCACCAGUGCCUCUGCUCCCAUGACUACCACCAACACUGCUACCACAAGCACUGAGACGUCCACACCUGUGAGUACAAUAACUACUUCUCCAAUGAGCACCAGCACCACUGCUCUCACGAGCACCAGUGCCACUGCACCCACAAGCACCAGCGCCACUGCUACCACGAGUACCAGCACCACUGCUCCCACCAGCACCAGUGCCUCAGCUCCCAUGACUACCACCAACACUGCUACCACAACCUCUGAGACAUCCACACCCGUGAGUACAAUAACUACUUCUCCAAUGAGCACCAGCACCACUGCUCCCAUGAGCACCAGUGCCACUGCAUCCACAAGCACCAGCGCCACUGCUACCACGACUACCAGCGCCUCUGCUCUCACCAGCACCAGCGCCACUGCUCCCACCAGCACCAGCACCACUACUGCUGUGAGCACUAGCGCCACUGUUCCUGUGAGUACAACAAACACUGCUACCACAAGCACUGAGACGUCUGGACCCACGAGUGUAAGCACCACUGCUCCCACCAGCACCAGCGCCACUGCUCUCACCAGCUCCAGUGCUACUGCUCCCACGAGUACCAGCACCACUUCUCCCAUGAGUACUAGCACCACUACUGUCACCAGCACCACUGCUCCCACCAGCACCAGCGCCACUGCUCCCGUGAGUACCACCAACACUGCUACCACAAGCACUGAGACGUCCGGAGCCACGAGUAUAAGCAACACUGCUCCCACCAGCACCAGCACCACUGCUACCACGAGUAGCAGCACCACUUCUCCCACGAGCACCAACCCCACUGCUUCCACGAGCACCAGCGCCUCUGCUACCAUGAGUACCACCAACACUGCUACCACAAGCACUGAGACGUCCACACCCGUGAGUACAAGAACUACUUCUCCCGUGAGCACCAGCACCACUGCUCUCACGAGCACCAGUGCCACUGCACCCACAAGCACCAGUGCCACUGCUCCCACCAGCACCAGCACCACUACUGCUGUGAGCACUAGCGCCACUGCUCCCAACAGCACCAGUGCCUCUGCUCCCAUGACUACCUCCAACACUGCUACCACAAGCACUGAGACGUCCACACCUGUGAGUACAAUAACUACUUCUCCCGUGAGCACCAGCACCACUGCUACCACGAGCACCAGUGCCACUGCACCCACAAGCACCAGCGCCACUGCUACCACGAGUACCAGCACCACUGCUCUCACCAGCACCAGUGCCUCAGCUCCCAUGACUACCACCAACACUGCUACCACAAGCACUGAGACGUCCACACCCACCACUGCUCCCACCAGCACCAGCACCACUACUGCUGUGAGCACUAGCGCCACUGCUCCCGUGAGUACCACAAACACUGCUACCACAAGCACUGAGACGUCCACACCCGUGAGUACAAGAACUACUUCUCCCAUGAGCACCAGCACCACUGCUACCACGAGCACCAGUGCCACUGCAUCCACAAGCACCAGCGCCACUGCUACCACGACUACCAGCGCCUCUGCUCUCACCAGCACCAGCGCCACUACUCCCAUGAGUAGCAGCACCACUGCAACCAGCAGCACCAGUGCCACUGCACCCACAAGCACCAGCGCCACUACUCCCAUGAGUAGCAGCACAACUUCUCCCACGAGCACCAGCGCCACUGCUCCCACCAGCACCACUGCUCCCACCAGCACCAGCACCACUACUGCUGUGAGCACUAGCGCCACUGCUCCCGUGAGUACCACAAACACUGCUACCACAAGCACUGAGACGUCCACACCCGUGAGUACAAGAACUACUUCUCCCGUGAGCACCAGCACCACUGCUACCACGAGCACCAGUGCCACUGCAUCCACAAGCACCAGCGCCACUGCUACCACGACUACCAGCGCCUCUGCUCUCACCAGCACCAGCGCCACUGCUCCCACCAGCUCCAGUGCUACUGCUACCACGAGUACCAGCACCACUUCUCCCAUGAGUACUAGCACCACUACUGUCACCAGCACCACUGCUCCCACCAGCACCAGCGCCACUGCUCCCGUGAGUACCACCAACACUGCUACCACAAGCACUGAGACGUCCGGAGCCACGAGUAUAAGCAACACUGCUCCCACCAGCACCAGCACCACGGCUACCACGAGUAGCAGCACCACUUCUCCCACGAGCACCAACCCCACUGCUACCACCAGCACCAGUGCCUCUGCUCCCAUGAGUACCACCAACACUGCUACCACAAGCACUGAGACGUCCACACCCGUGAGUACAAGAACUACUUCUCCCGUGAGCACCAGCACCACUGCAACCACGAGCACCAGUGCCACUGCACCCACAAGCACCAGUGCCACUGCUACCACGAGUACCAGCACCACUGCUCCCACCAGCACCAGUGCCUCUGCUCCCAUGACUACCACCAACACUGCUACCACAAGCACUGAGACGUCCACACCUGUGAGUACAAGAACUACUUCUCCAAUGAGCACCAGCACCACUGCUCCCAUGAGCACCAGUGCCACUGCACCCACAAGCACCAGCGCCACUGCUACCACGACUACCAGCGCCUCUGCUCUCACCAGCACCAGCGCCACUGCUCCCACCAGCAGCAGCGCCACUACUCCCAUGAGUAGCAGCACCACUGCAACCAGCAGCACCAGUGCCACUGCUUCCACGAGCACCAGCGCCACUGCUCCCACCAGCACCAGCACCACUACUGCUGUGAGCACUAGCGCCACUGUUCCUGUGAGUACCACAAACACUGCUACCACAAGCACUGAGACGUCUGGACCCACGAGUGUAAGCACCACUGCUCCCACCAGCACCAGCGCCACUGCUCUCACCAGCUCCAGUGCUACUGCUACCACGAGUACCAGCACCACUUCUCCCAUGAGUACUAGCACCACUACUGUCACCAGCACCACUGCUCCCACCAGCACCAGCGCCACUGCUCCCGUGAGUACCACCAACACUGCUACCACAAGCACUGAGACGUCCACACCCGUGAGUACAAUAACUACUUCUCCCGUGAGCACCAGCACCACUGCUCUCACGAGCACCAGUGCCACUGCAUCCACGAGCACCAGCGCCACUGCUACCACGACUACCAGCGCCUCUGCUCUCACCAGCACCAGCGCCACUGCUCCCACCAGCAGCAGCGCCACUACUCCCAUGAGUAGCAGCACCACUGCAACCAGCAGCACCAGUGCCACUGCUUCAACGAGCACCAGCGCCACUGCUCCCACCAGCACCAGCACCACUACUGCUGUGAGCACUAGCGCCACUGUUCCUGUGAGUACCACAAACACUGCUACCACAAGCACUGAGACGUCUGGACCCACGAGUGUAAGCACCACUGCUCCCACCAGCACCAGCGCCACUGCUCUCACCAGCACCAGUGCCACUGCUCCCACGAGUACCAGCACCACUGCUCCCACCAGCACCAGUGCCUCUGCUCCCACCAGCACCAGUGCCACUGCUCCCACGAGUACCAGCACCACUGCUCCCACCAGCACCAGUGCCUCUGCUCCCAUGAGUACCAGCAACACUGCUACCACAAGCACUGAGAUGCCCGGACCUACUAGUACAAUAACAACUUCUCCCUUGAGCACCAGCACCGCUGCUACUACAAGCCCUGAGACAUCCGGACUCAUGAGCACGAGCGCAAUUGCUACCAUAACUACAAGCACCACUGUUCCCACCAGCACCAGCCCCACUGCUCCAGUGAGCACCAGCACCACUGCAACCACAAGCACCAGCACCACUGCUCCCACAAGCACCAGCACCACUGCUCCAAUCAGCACUGAGACAACAGGACCUACGAGCACUAGCACCACUGCUCCCACGAGCAGCAGCACCACUACUCCCACUAGCACCAGCACCACUGCUACCACAAACAGUGAGAUGUCCGGACAAACGAGUACAAUAGCUACUUCUCACUUAAGCACUAGCUCCACUGCUAGCACAAGCACCAAAACCACUGCUCCCGUGACUAGCAGCACAACUUCUCCCAUGAGCACGAGCACCACUGCUCCCACGAGCACCAGCACCACUGCUCCCGUGAGUACCACCAACACUACAACCAUGAGCACCAGCGCCACUGCUCCCACGAGCAGCAGCACCACUGCUCCCACGAGCACCAGCGCCACUGCUCCCACCAGCACUAGCCCUACUGCUACCACAAGCACUCAGACGUCCGGACCCACGAGUUCAAUUCCUACUUCUCCAUUUAGCACCAGCACCACUGCGACAACGGUCACCAGCACCACUGCUCCAAUCAGCACUGAGACAACAGGACCUACGAGCAGCACCAGCACCACUGCUCCCGUGAGCACCGCUAUUGCCAUGAGCACCAGCACCACUGUUCCCACGAGCGCCGCUAUUGCCAUUAGCACCAGCACCACUGCUCCCACCAGCACCAGCACCACUGCUACCACAAGCACUGAGGCGUCUGAACUCAUGAGUACAAUAACUCCAUCUCCCUUGAGCACCAGCACUGCUGCUACCACAAGCACCAGCGCCACUGCUCCCACGAUCACUGGCACUACCACGUCCAUGAUCAGCAGCACCACCAGACAAACAGCCACUACCACUAACAACCAGCCAAGCAGCACCACCACUCUCCUCACCACCAGCACUACCAUGCUCUCCAAGACCACCACCACUCUGCCAACCACCACGCUCCCCACUACCACCAGCCAGCCAAGCACCACCCAGCCAAACACCAGGACCACCGUGCUCUCCACCAUGAGCACCACCUCUGCUCAGCCAACCAAUGCCACCGUCACACUCCCCACCUCCACCACCCACUCAACAACCACAGCCACCAUGCACCCAACCACCACCAUUACCACCACAACGACCACCAUCAAGACAACGACCACCACCACCACACGUGCAACUACCACCACUACUACCACCAGGACCACCACGAGCCCAACCACCACCACCACCCCAGGGCAAUGCGAAAAUGGAGGCACUUGGGUCAACGGCCAAUGUGUGUGUCCCCCGGGAUACACGGGCGCCAACUGCAUUUCCAUCGAGAGCAGCAUCGAGACCAAAGCUGAGGCCAACGUGUCUGUGAGCGUGGAGCUGCGGGUCACCAACCAGGAGUACACCGAGGACCUCCGAAACGAAAGCUCUGAAGUCUACAAGAGCUUCGUCCUCAGCUUCACCCUGCAGAUGGAAAUUGUCUACCGCAACAUUGAAGGCUACCAGGGCAUCAGGAUCCUGAGUCUGUCACCGGGCAGCAUCGUGGUGAAUCACACCGUCAUCGUUGCUGUGCUGGUGACCGCCGAUACCACGGAGAAGAUCGGUAACAUCACCAAGAAUGUGCAGGAGGAGAUCGUCCAAGCAGCGACAAAGCAGGAAAACUGCACUGAUAACAGCACCCUCUGCUUCAACGCCUCCGAAGUGACAAUCACCAAACCCUCGUACGAGUUCAAUGCAACAGCGUAUUGCCGCCAGAUCGCACCCAACGACUUUCAGAACUUCUACUACCCCAACAUCACCAAAAGCGGCCUCACCUGCGUGUCCAACUGCUCGGCCAACACCGCCAGUGCCAUCGACUGCAACGAGGGGCAGUGCCAGCUCACCCCGAGUGGCCCCCAGUGCUUCUGCCGUGAGACCAACCUCUACUGGUACCAAGGCGAUCGGUGCAAGAGCCGGGUCAGCAAGAUGGCCGUGGGCAUGGGCCUGGCCGUGGCGGUCUUGUGCUUGGUCAUCUUCGUCCUUGCCGCCUUCCUCUUCAGGGCCAAGUGGCAGAAGUGGUCAGACAGGUCCAGCGACCUGACGGAGACCAAGCAGCACUGGUAUGAGGAAGAGGAUGAAAACUGGGAAGUCCCUGGGGGCUUCACCAUCCAGAAUGAAGGUGCCCAUGACACCAUGCGGGUUGACCUGCAGUCCGUGGACACCUCGGCACAGACCACCACCACAAGCCCAACCACCACCUCCACUACCACUACCCCAGGGGUCUGCGAAAAUGGAGGCACUUGGGUCAACGGCCAAUGCGUGUGUCGCCCGGGAUACACGGGCGCCAACUGCGGUUCCGUCGAGAGCAGCAUCGAGACCAAAGCUGAAACCAAUGUGUCCGUGAGCGUGGAGCUGCGGGUCACCAACCAGGAGUACACCAAGGACCUCCAAAACGAAAGCUCUGAAGUCUACAAGAGCUUCGUCCUCAGCUUCACCCUGCAGAUGGAAAUUGUCUACCGCAACAUUGAAGGCUACCAGGGCAUCAAGAUCCUGAGUCUGUCACCGGGCAGCAUCGUGGUGAAUCACACCGUCAUCGUUGCUGUGCCAGUGACCGCUGAUACCGUGGAGAAGAUCAGUAACGUCACCAAGAAUGUGCAGGAGGAGAUCGUCCAAGCAGCGACCCAGCAGGAAAACUGCACUGAUAACAGCACCCUCUGCUUCAACGCCUCCGAAGUGACGAUCACCCAACCCUCGUACGAGUUCAAUGCAACAGCGUAUUGCCGCCAGAUCGCACCCAACGACUUUCAGAACUUCUACUACCCCAACAUCACCAAAAGUGGCCUCACCUGCGUGUCCAACUGCUCAGCCAACACUGCCAGUGCCAUCGACUGCAACGAGGGGCAGUGCCAGCUCACCCGGCAUGGCCCCCAGUGCUUCUGCCGUGAGACCAACCUCUACUGGUACCAGGAUAAUCGGUGCAAGAGCCGGGUCAGCAAGAUGGCUGUGGGCAUGGGCCUGGCCGUGGCGGUCUUGUGCUUGGUCAUCUUUGGCCUUGCUGCCUUCAUCUUCAGGUCCAGGAGGCAGAAGUCGUUGGACAGGUACAGCAACCUGACAGAGACCAAGAAGCAGUGGUACGAGGAAGAGGAUGAGAACUGGAAACUCCCUGGGGGCUUCACCAUCCAGAAUGAUGAUGUCUAUGAGGACACCAUGCGGGUUGACCUGCAGUCCGUGGACACCUUGGCAAAGGGACGCAUGGCUCCUCCCCACAGAGGGGCAAAGUUCCCCACUGCCACUCCUGCCCCAGGCAUGGCUCCGCACCAGGAUGCUGCUGGUGGCACUGGGGUGUUGGGGGGCACCAAGAUGGGGGCUUGCACCCGAGUCUUCCUCCUCCUCUUCCUCUUCCUCCUCUGUGGGGUUGCAGCGGGCACUAUCACGAGCACUGUGAGUACUGCAGUAAACGCGUCCCCUGAGGAACCCACAUCAGCUGCAACAAUCACGAGCCUCAGCACUACUUCCACCACCAUGGUCCCGACCACCACCAGCAUGAGCCCAACCACCAGCAUCACCUCAAGCCCGCCCACCACCUUGAGCCCGAACACCACCUCGAGCCCGAACACCACCUCGAGCCCGAACACCACCUCGAGCCCGAACACCACCUCGAGCCCAACCACCAUCUCGAGGCCAAACACCACCACCACCACGAGGCCAACCACUACCACCACCACAACCACCACCACCACCUCCACAACCACCACCACCACCACAGGGCAAUGCGAAAAUGGAGGCACUUGGGUCAACGGCCAAUGCGUGUGCCCCCCGGGAUACACGGGCACCACCUGCAGUUCCGUCGAGAGCAGCAUCGAGACCAAAGCCGAAACCAACGUGUCGGUGAGCGUGAAGCUGCGGGUCACCAACCAGGAGUUCACCGACGACCUCCGAAACGAAAGCUCUGAAGUCUACAAGAGCUUCGUCCUCAGCUUCACCCUGCAGAUGGAAAUCGUCUACCGCAACAUUGAAGGCUACCAGGGCAUCAAGAUCCUGAGUCUGUCACCGGGCAGCAUCGUGGUGAAUCACACCGUCAUCGUUGCUGUGCUGGUGACCGCCGAUACCACGGAGAAGAUCGGUAACAUCACCAAGAAGGUGCAGGAGGAGAUCGUCCAAGCAGCGACCCAGCAGGGAGACUGCACUGAUAACAGCACCUUCUGCUUCAACGCCUCCGAAGUGACGAUCACCCAACCCUCGUACGAGUUCAAUGCAACAGCGUAUUGCCGCCAGAUCGCACCCAGUGACUUUGAGAACUUCUACUACCCCAACAUCACCAAAAGUGGCCUCACCUGCGUGUCCAACUGCUCGGCCAACACCGCCAGUGCCAUGGACUGCAACGAGGGGCAGUGCCAGCUCACCCCGACUGGCCCCCAGUGCUUCUGCCGUGAGACCAACAUCUACUGGUACCUGGAUAAUCGGUGCAAGAGCCGGGUCAGCAAGAUAACUGUGGGCCUGGGCGUGGCUGUGGCAGUCUUGUGCUUGGUCAUCCUCGUCCUCGCCAUCCUUCUCUGCAUAGCCAAGAGGCCAAAGUCAUCUGAGAGUGCCAGCGACCUGAAGGAGCACAAGGAGAACUGGUAUGAGGACAUGAAUGAAGACUGGACCCCGCCCAGGUUGCUUCGUCAUCCAAAAUGAAGGUCCAAAUGCAGAGCCCAGAGAGGAUCGCCACACAGCUCUGAGCAGGGAGGGGGGGACACCAGGAGGCUGCCCCCACCCAGGACACGCACAGCACUGUGGGAUACCUCCCCUGCUUCUGGGGGGGGUCGUGACCCUCCCUUUUAGGGCCAUGACCCCCACCCUUCCUGUAGCACUUCAUUUGGCCCCCACCUCUGCUAGCACAAACUGGUCCUGGCCCUGCUCUCCUGGUGAUGACCAUACUUUGGGGGCUGUGAUGUCAUUUCCGGGGUCCCCCCCCAGGUCACUUUAAGGAUCAGGACACCCCCCCUCCUCCUGCACAGGGAUGGACCCCCCCCAAUUCCAAAUAAAAAAACUAUCAAGUCA